CUGAAGUGUUCGGAGGAGGGUCCUUGGGUCCUGCGGGGGGCAGGGGCCACCACCUGGCCCGCCCCUUGUCGCUGGACAUCUGAAGAUCAGGCCCCUUCCCCGGUCUCGCCAUCACCGCUUCUCGGGGUGCCACGCCCCGCCAGAGGGAGGGGCCGCCUGUGCCGUGCGGAGCGGGACAAGACCGGCUCUGGACCCCUAGAGGCCGCAGCAACGGACCCGGAGUCCGGACCUCCGCCCUCUCCCGCGUCCCCUCAACCCUCCCGGGACACCCAGCAACCCCAGCUCUCCUGGGCCCUCCGCUGGACGCCCCCAGCAUCGUGCCUUCCAGUGCCCCGGACCCCUGGCGCGGUCCCCAGUCUUCCUGCGCCCCUCCUAUCCUGCGUCGGAUCCCCCUGAGCCUCUCCGGGCCCCUGACUUCCGCCCCCAGGUCCUCAGGGCGGCCCGGGCCAGGCCCCCUCGAGCCCCGGCGGCUGCCCAGGCAGGAGAGCGCCAUGCUCCAGCUCCUGGUGCUGCUGCUCCUGCUGCUGCUGCCCCCCGCGCGCGCCCCGGAGCCCGCGGCGCAGGAUGUGAGCCUGGGCGUGGACUGGCUGACACGCUAUGGCUACCUGCCACCACCCAACCCUGCCCAGGCCCAGCUGCAGAGCCCUGCCAAGCUACGGGAUGCCAUCAAGGUCAUGCAGAGGUUUGCCGGGCUGCGUGAGACAGGUGUCCUGGACCCAGAGACAAUGGCCGCCAUGCGUAAGCCCCGCUGCUCCCUGCCGGACGUGCUGGGGGUGGCGGGGCUGGUUAGGCGGCGCCGCCGAUACGCCCUGAGUGGGAGUGUGUGGAAGAAGCGAACCCUGACGUGGAGGGUCCAGUCCUUCCCCCAGAGCUCCGCGCUGAGCCAGGAGACAGUGCGCACCCUCAUGCACCAUGCCUUGACUGCCUGGGGCGCUGUGUCAGGCCUCAGUUUCCAGGAGGUGGGUUCUCAGGGCCCAAGUGAGCCCGACAUCCUCAUCGACUUUGCCCGGGCGUACCACCAGGACAGUUACCCCUUCGACGGGCAGGGGGGCACCCUCGCCCAUGCCUUCUUCCCUGGGGAGCACCCCAUCUCUGGGGACACUCACUUCGACGAUGAGGAGACCUGGACUUUUGGGUCAAAAGAUGGUGAGGGGACCGACCUGUUUGCAGUGGCUGUCCACGAGUUUGGCCACGCCCUGGGCCUGGGCCACUCCUCAGUGCCUGACUCCAUCAUGAGGCCCUUUUACCAGGGCCCAGUGGGUGACCCCACCAAGUACCGCCUGUCGCAGGAUGACCGGGAAGGCCUGGAGCAGCUCUAUGGGAAAGCGCCCCAAACCCCCUAUGACAAGCCCACAAGGAGACCCCUGGCUCCUCCUCCCCCGCCCCCUGCUCUGCCCCCAGACAGCCCCUCCCUCCCCGUCCCUGACCGAUGUGAGGGCAAUUUUGACGCCAUCGCUAACAUCCGCGGGGAAACCUUCUUUUUUAAAGGCCCCUGGUUCUGGCGCCUCCAGCCCUCGGGACAGCUGGUGUCCCCCCGGCCCGCCAGGCUCCACCGCUUCUGGGAGGGGCUGCCGGCCCAGGUGCAGGUCAUCCAGGCGGCCUACGCCCGGCCCCCAGACGGCCGCAUCCUCCUCUUCAGCGGCCCGCAGUUCUGGGUGUUCCAGGACCGGCGGCUGGAGGGCGCCGCGCGGCCGCUCACCGAGCUGGGGCUGCCCCCGGGGGAGGCGGUGGACGCCGUGUUCUCGUGGCCGCAGAAUGGGAAGACCUACCUGAUCCGGGGCCAGCGCUACUGGCGCUACGACGAGGCGGCGGCGCGCCCGGACCCCGGCUACCCGCGCGACCUGAGCCUCUGGGAGGGGGCGCCUCUGGCCCCCGACGAUGUCACCGUCAGCAACACAGGGGACACUUACUUCUUCAAGGGCGCCCAUUACUGGCGCUUUCCCAAGGGCAGCGUCCAGGCCGAGCCGGACUCGCCCCAACCCAUGGGCCCCAAGUGGCUGGACUGCCCGGCCCCGAGAGCUGGCCCUCGCACGCCCAGGCCCCCCAAAGCCACUCUCAAGCCUGGACCCUGCGAUUGUCAGUGCGAGCUCAAUCAGGCCGCGGGGAGGGGGUCCGUGCCCCUCCUGCUACCCCUGCUGUCCCUGUUGGUGGGGGUCGUCGCCUCCCGCUGACUGGGGCCAGGCCGCCAUGUGGAAGGCGUCAGAUCUCCUGCUGGGGGCGCUGUGGCUGGUGCAUCGCUGCCCAGCUCCAUCCUCUGUUCCCAGGGGCGGGGCUGGGCGCGGAUGCAGCUGGGCGGAUGCAAGUGGAGCUAAGCCCUGGGAACAGGGGACAAAGGCUGGGCAAGCGGGGCGACAUACUCAUUUCCCCCAGAUCCGCGCCGCCGGAAACCCAGCGGCCUGGCCCCAGUCUGCGGGAGGCGCACUGCCCCCCAGGACUCUCCUUUUCCCGGAAUAGCUAGCCUUUCUCACAGCUCAGGCGGCUGCCCCCUUGUCGCCCUUGCCCCGCCCGGCCACAGCGGCUCCAGGCUGUUUGGGUCUAUAGAGGACAGGCCUGCUUGGAAGCUGAUCCCUGGUCCUCUCUCCACCUGGUGCUCUUUCUCAGAAGUUUCUCACCCUGUCCUGCCUCCAUGACACUUCAGUCAACACCACAUAGGUGGGGACCCUGGACCCAGCCCUGAGACCACCCCUGGGCACCAGUGCCCAUUAUCUGGGUGACUUCAGUGGCUACACAGGCGACCCUCCACAAUCUGGGCCCCUUGGACCUCCUUGCUGGUCACCACCCUGAACCCAGAACUGCCCCCAUUCAACAGGACACCCUCCUAGCCCUGCAGAAGCCUCCACACUGGAGUGUCUGCCGCUUCCCUCAGGGAGAACUCCUGGGCCCCCAUCAGCUCAGGGCUGGAGGAAAGACACUGGUCUGAGCUCCCUCUCAAUCAGGGUCUUUGCCUCCUCAGCAAAUCUUGCUGAUGAGUGGGUUGAAUCUGGGCCACCUCAAUCAUGCCCCUAGUCCCUACAGAAUUCAUGGUCUAAAUCAGCGCCUCUGGAACUGUGGCUCUGGAAUAUUCCUCAUCAGAGUCACCCAAGGAACUUAUGCAGAUGCCAUGUCCUCACUCCGAAUCCUCACUCUGGGAGUGGAGCCAGGUGUCUGCAUUUGAACAGGGUGAGGGGGUGGGUUGCCUGCUGGACAAGGGAGCUGAGCCAGCAGCUCCGGACUCUGUCCUGUGGCUUUUGUGUGUCUCUCCCAUGUUCUCCCUCCCAGGGGCCCACCACUUCAUGUUCUCUACAGAGCUAAGAUGAUGGCCUUGCUUGAGAGAGGUCCAUCCCCCGUGGUUGGGGUCACUUAGCAGCGACUUCUUGGACUGCCAUCCAGCCACAGUGGCCCCACAGAGCUGUCCAGAGCCGAGGCUGUGGGCUGCAGUCCCAGUGAGCAGGGACGUUGCCCGCUGUUGGUCAUGACAACCAAACGAGUCCGAGGGCACAGCCAGGUGUCUUCCACCAGCCCAUGAGCUGAGAAUGCUAAGUCACCAGACAACCAGAAAUUGAGUCUCUGUCAGGAUCCUUUUGAAGUGUAAGGAGAGAGAAACUUACACUUUGAAAGGUUUUGAGCCUCAUCCAGGACAAUAAAAAUAACUGUACAGAAAACCCUU